UACAUCCGAAUAACUGAUUAUCAGACCAUUGUUCGGAUAAGAUAUUUGAUAAAACGAUAAAACAAUUUGUCCUUACAGCAGCAAGCUUAAAGGUGCUCUUGAUACUAAAGUUUUUUAAAGCAUAUGUUGUUGUUUUUUACGCACUCUAAAAUGAAAUCUAAUUUACUAUUUGUUUUUGUAUUUACUUUGCUGAACUUUCAGGGUAUACAAGGCUCCUGCUAUAAAGUAAAUUCAGAUGUAGGUGAUAUUAAUUAUCGAUGCGACUUAAAAAUUACCAAUAAAAAAUCGCACAUUGAUAUCGACGUCGAAACUUGUAGAAACACAACAAUAAAUAUUGUGUUUCAUAUAUUGAUUUCAGAAAUAGGAUUAAACUUUAGAACAACUUUGAAGGGUUCGCAAGAAAUACCAAUACCCGGUUUUUCGAUAGCUUAUUUUAUUGGGUUGUAUUUGAGAGUUAGAUUCUACGAUAAUAAGUUCGGAGAAGUAAAAUUAAAGCGUCAAAUUAAAGAAAACACUUUUUUUUGGGAAGCGGAAACCAUGAACAGAAGAAUUUUUGGAGCCAUUGGUGGUUGCCAUCAGAUGAUGUUUUGGAAACAAAUGGAUUUGGAGCUAUCGUUGUCUUUAAAAGCUAUUGGCACAAUCACUACAAUACCGUUGAUUGAUGAAAAAAUUUCAACAGAAAAUUGCCAUGGUGAAUUUUACUCUAACUCGAAUCAAAACACAUUUUUCAUACAAAGCAAAAUACAAACUUAUUUUAUUUUUGGGAUUGUUUCAUAUAUUUUUAUUUCUUUUUUUUUAUAGUAACUUUGAAAUAGCGCGAACAAGUUUUCAUGAAUUAAAGUAAAUUAAUGAGCGAUAAUCGCCAGUAAAAACUUUCGCAACUUAAAAGAGCUUGAAAAUAUAAAACAUUUUUACUUAUGUAUAAACUAUUUCCCAAAAUAAGGAACUUAGUUUAAAAAAACA